CACAGCUCAGAGAGAGCGAGCACAGGGAGAGAGAGUUGGACAGAGAGAUAGAAAGAAAGAAAGAGAGAGAGCAGAAGGCUUUGUUUACUUAGGCAGCCUACCGUGGCUAGUUGCUCAAACAAGGUGCGCGCGCAAAUACACACACACACACACACACACUCAUGUGCGUACACACACAUUCUGGAGGGAAGGCUGAACGUGAGUCUGAAAGUGAGGGAGAGAGCAACUGAGCCACUUUGCACAGGAGAGAAGGAGGGAGGGUUGUGAGUGAGGGAAAGAGAGAGAGAGAGAGAGAGAGUGGACACUCUUCUUUCUUUUGCCCUUGUUUCUUUCCCUCUGACCUCUUUCUGCACUUUCCUUCUCUUUACCGCGAAGAAGGGAACAGCACUGAGAGGAAAUACGAGGAAUUUACUCCUUUCUGUUUUUAUUUUUUAAUUUUUGUUUUCUUUUUCCUUCUCUAAGGGCGAUUUAUCAGACUGCAUGGUACGGCUUGGUGCCCAUAGAUGAAAGGCAUACACACACACACACAGUUAAACACACACCUGGAAGUUUUGCGCGCUUUCUGCUAGCCUGAUUCAACACUGUACCCGUUUCUUGUGCUGUUACACCUGGACGAAGAAGAACUUUUUUUCUUUCUUUUUUUUUCUUAUCACCUGGCUAGCCACGUCCUAGCAUGUGUUGCUUAUUCUUGAAGUGAGAUUCUUCUUUUUUAAUGCCUGGAUAAAGCUCUUUUUUUGGAGCAAAUCAGAGAGGGCACGGACGCAAAAAACGAGAGCUACUUAAGGAGAGAUGGAGUUUGAGCGGAGGGAUAGUGAGCCAUGCCUCUCUCCUGCUGCCUUUGUGAACCCGGUUCAGUAUUCCAACAUUCUAGAGGGCAGGUUCAAGCAGCUACAAGAUGAGAGAGAGGCAGUGCAGAAGAAGACUUUCACUAAGUGGGUGAAUUCUCACCUGGGCCGUGUGACCUGCAGGAUUGGAGACCUGUACACUGACCUGCGCGAUGGACGCAUGCUCAUCCGACUGCUGGAGGUGCUCUCCGGAGAACAACUGCCGAAGCCCACAAAGGGCCGUAUGCGCAUCCACUGCCUGGAGAACGUGGAUAAGGCUCUUCAGUUCCUUAAGGAACAAAAAGUACACUUGGAAAACAUGGGCUCUCAUGACAUUGUCGAUGGCAACCACCGUCUCACACUCGGGCUCAUCUGGACCAUCAUCCUGCGCUUCCAGAUUCAGGACAUCAGUGUGGAAACAGAAGACAACAAAGAGAAGAAAUCAGCCAAAGACGCUCUACUGCUGUGGUGCCAGAUGAAGACUGCUGGGUACCCGAAUGUCAAUGUGCAUAAUUUCACCACCAGCUGGAGAGACGGUCUGGCAUUCAACGCCAUCGUGCACAAACACAGGUCGGAUCUGAUCGAGUUUGACACUCUAAAGCGCUCCAACGCUCACUAUAACCUGCAGAAUGCAUUUAAUGUGGCAGAGAAGGAGCUGGGGCUCACCAAACUGCUGGACCCAGAAGACGUUAAUGUGGAUCAGCCAGAUGAGAAAUCCAUCAUCACGUAUGUUGCUACAUACUACCAUUACUUCAGCAAGAUGAAGGCACUUGCCGUGGAGGGCAAGAGAAUCGGCAAGGUGUUGGACUAUGCGAUCGAGGCGGAUCAGCUGAUUGAGAAGUACGAGACUUUGGCAUCUGAGCUUCUUCAGUGGAUUGAGCAGACCAUUGUCACCCUUAACGACCGCCAGCUCGCCAACUCCCUCAGCGCUGUUCAGAACCAGCUACAGGCUUUCAACACCUACCGCACCGUGGAGAAACCCCCGAAGUUCACAGAAAAGGGUAAUUUGGAGGUCCUCCUGUUCACCAUCCAGAGCAAAAUGAGAGCAAACAACCAGAAAGUCUACAUGCCUCGAGAGGGCAAGCUUAUUUCUGACAUCAACAAGGCGUGGGAGCGGUUGGAGAAGGCAGAGCACGAGCGAGAGCUGGCUCUCAGGAAUGAACUGAUUCGUCAGGAGAAGCUGGAGAUGCUGGCUGCUCGUUUUGAUCGCAAAGCCGCCAUGAGGGAGACCUGGCUGAGCGAGAAUCAGAGACUGGUGUCUCAGGACAACUUUGGCUUUGAUCUGGGUGCAGUAGAGGCAGCCACUCGUAAACAUGAGGCUAUUGAAACGGACAUUGGUGCGUAUGGAGAGCGCGUGGCUGCUGUGGAGUCGGUGGCCCGUGAGCUGGAGGCUGAGGCAUAUCACGAGGUGAGACGAAUCCUGGCACGGAAGGAUAACGUCCUGCGCCUGUGGGAGUACCUGAAGGAGCUGCUCACCGCCCGCAGAGAGAGACUGACCACACACAGAGACCUGCAGAGGCUUCUGGAAGAGAUGAGAUACAUCAUGGACUGGAUGGGUGACAUGAAGGGUCGUCUACAGUCUCAGGACAGCGGUAAACACCUUCAUGAUGUGGAGGACUUACUGCAGAAACACACUCUGGUGGAGGCAGAUAUAUCAGCUCAGGCAGAGAGAGUACGAGGAGUACAGGCAGCAGCCAAACGCUUCACUACAGACGAAAUGCCCUAUAAGCCGUGUGAACCAGCUCUGGUGGAGGAGAAGGUGUCGCUGCUGGGUAAGACUUACGAUGAGCUGGGGCACUUGGCGGGUGAGCGACGGGUGAAACUGGAGGACUCUCGUCGGCUGUGGCAGUUCCUGUGGGAGCUGGGCGAGGAGGCGGCGUGGAUUCGAGAGCAGGAGCAGAUCCUGUCCAGUGGAGACUCUGGCCGCGACCUUUCCUCUGCCCUCCACCUGCUGUCCAAACACGAGGCCUUCAGAGACGAGAUGGCUGCUCGCUACGGCCCGCUGAGCAACAGCAUCGCCUCGGGAGAGCAGCUGGUGCAGGAGGGACACUUCGGAGCACCGGAGGUGACCGAGAGGAUCAAAGACAUCAGAGCACAGUGGAGUCAUUUGGAGGAGGCAUCCAAGUUGCGUGAGCAGCUUCUGAAGGAGUCCGUGGCUCUGCACCAGUUUCAGACUGAUGCUAAUGACAUGGAGGCCUGGAUCCUGGAGACACUUAGACAGGUAUCAAGUCAGGAGGUUGGCCAUGAUGAAUUCUCCACGCAGACUUUGGCACGGAAACAGAGGGAGGUGGAGGAGGAGAUCCAGAGCCAUCGUUCACUCAUAGACUCGCUGCACGAGCAGGCUGAAACACUGCCCGCUGCUUAUGCCCAGUCACCAGAGGUGGAGGGGCGCCUGCCUGCGAUUGAGCAGCGCUAUGAAGAGCUGGAGACUUUAUCAUCAGCACGGCGGCAGGCCUUGGAGGGAGCACUCGCGCUCUACCGCAUGUUUAGUGAGGCAGGAGCCUGCCAGCUGUGGAUUGGUGAGAAGGAGCAGUGGCUGCACAACAUGGAAAUCCCCUCCAAACUGGAAGACCUGGAGGUGGUCCAACAAAGGUUCGAGACUCUGGAGCCUGAGAUGAAUAAUCUGGGCUCUCGCAUUACUGAUGUUAAUCAGGUGUCUGAGCAGCUGCUUAAAUCAGACAACCGCAACAAAGAGCAAAUCAACCAGACUCAGGAUCAACUCAACAACAGGUGGAGUGAGUUCAAGCGUGUGGCGGAUGAGAGGAAGCAGGCUCUGGAGUCUGCUCUGAACAUUCAGAACUAUCACCUGGAGUGUAAUGAGAUCCAGAGCUGGAUGAAGGAGAAAACUAAAGUCAUUGAAUCCACCCAGAGCCUGGGCAACGACCUGGCUGGAGUCAUGGCCCUGCAGCGCAAACUCACCGGCAUGGAGAGGGACCUGGAGGCUAUACAGGGUAAACUAGGGGGGCUGCGCUCCGAGGCUGAGAAACUGGCUUCAGAGCAUCCCGAGCAGGCGGGAGAGAUCCGUGCGCGGCUAGAGGAGAUUCAGGAGGUAUGGGAGGAGCUGCGCUCCACCAUGAAGCGCCGCGAAGAGUCCCUUGGCGAAGCCUCCAAAUUACAAGGCUUCCUGAGGGAUCUGGACGACUUCCAGGCCUGGUUGUCCCGCACCCAGACUGCCGUGGCCUCCGAGGACACGCCCACCUCACUGGCUGAGGCUGAGCGGCUUCUGGCCCAGCACGAGGCCAUCAAGAACGAGGUGGACAAUUACCGGGAGGACUACGAGAAGAUGAGGGCCACUGGAGCCGAGGUGACCCAAGGCCAGACCGAUGCUCAGUACAUGUUCCUAGCACAGCGGCUACAGGCUCUGGACACAGGAUGGCACGAGCUGCGCAGGAUGUGGGAGAGCAGGCACUGCUUGUUGGCUCAGGCCUUUGACUUCCAGACAUUCCUCCGGGACGCCAAGCAGGCAGAGGGCUUCCUCAACAGCCAGGAGUAUGUGUUAUCACACACUGAGAUGCCCAACAGUCUGCAGGGAGCUGUGGAGGCCAUAAAGAAGCAUGAAGACUUCCUCACAACCAUGGAAGCCAGUGAGGAAAAGAUCAACGGGGUAGUGGAGUCUGGACGACGCCUCGUAUCUGAUGGGAACGCCAACGCAGACAAGAUCCAGGAGAAGGCUGACUCCAUUCAGGAGAGACACCAGAAGAACAAACAGGCAGCUAAUGAUCUUCUGACCAAACUGAAGGACAACAGGGAGCUCCAGCACUUCCUUCAAGAUGGACAAGAGCUGACUCUGUGGAUUAAUGAGAAGAUGUUGACAGCUCAGGACAUGUCAUAUGAUGAGGCCAGAAACCUGCACAGCAAGUGGCAGAAACACCAGGCUUUCAUGGCUGAACUGGCCUCCAAUAAAGACUGGCUGGACAAAAUCGACAAGGAGGGUCAGGCCCUGGUGGUUGAGAAGCCUGAGCUAGAGGAGACUGUGUCCGAGACUCUGCAAGGUUUGCAGAAGCAGUGGGAAGAGCUGGAGAACACCACUCAGACCAAAGCCCAGUGUCUGUUUGAUGCUAAUCGUGCCGAGCUGUUCACCCAGAGCUGCUCAGCGCUGGACUCGUGGCUCCAGAACAUCUCCUCCCUGCUGCAGAGCGAUGACUUUGGCAAGGACCUGACCAGUGUCAACAUAUUGCUCAAGAAACAUCAGAUGCUGGAGCAUCAGAUGGAGGUGCGGGAGAAGGAGGUGCAGUCUCUGCAGUCUCAGGCACUUGCUCUGGCUCAGGAGGAUGCUGGGGUAAUGGAGGUGGAUGGUCAGCAGCGCAGAGUGGCUGACAGCUUCACGCAACUGCAGGAGCCGCUCAACCAGAGACGCCAGCAGCUGCUCGCCUCCAAAGAAGCACACCAGUUCAACCGGGACCUGGAGGACGAAAUAUUGUGGGUGAAAGAGAGAAUGCCUUUGGCUACAUCCACAGAUCAUGGCAAAGAUCUGCCUAGUGUACAGCUUCUCAUCAAAAAGAAUCAGACCCUGCAGAAGGAGAUACAGGGACAUCAGCCCCGCAUCGAUGACAUCCAGGCUCACGGGCGCAGCAUGGACGGUGAGCGGCGGGCGGAUUUGGACGGGCGUCUGUCCGAGCUCGGAGAGGAGUGGUCCCGGUUCAUCUCAGAGACUGACAAGAGGCACAGCCGCUUAGCGGAGGCUAACAGAGCACAGCAGUUCUACACAGACGCAGCAGAGGCUGAGGCCUGGAUGGGCGAGCAGGAGCUGCACAUGAUGUCUGAAGAGAAGGCCAAGGAUGAGCAGAGUGCUCUAGUGAUGGUGAAGAAGCAUCAGAUCCUGGAGCAGGCACUGGAGGACUAUGCCCAGACCAUCCACCAGCUGGCCAACAGCAGCAGACUCAUGGUGAACAGUGAACAUCCUGAGAGUGAGCGGAUCACGCUGCGCCAGGCUCAGGUGGAUAAGCUGUACGCAGGGCUGAAGGACCUGGCUGAGGAGAGGCGAGGCAGGCUGCAGGAGAGGCUGAGGCUGACUCAGCUGAAGAGAGAGGUGGAUGAUCUGGAACAGUGGAUUGCAGAGAGGGAAGUCGUCGCCGGCUCGCAUGAACUUGGACAGGACUACGAGCAUGUGACUAUGCUGCGCGAUAAGUUCCGGGAGUUUGCUCGGGACACCAGCGCCAUUGGUCAGGAGCGAGUGGACGCAGUGAACGCUCAGGCAGAUGAGCUGAUUGAGUCGGGUCACCCGGAGAACGCCAGUGUGGCUGAAUGGAAGGAUGGCUUAAACGAGGCGUGGGCAGACCUGCUGGAGCUGAUGGACACGCGCACGCAGAUGCUGGCUGCCUCCUAUGAGCUGCACCGCUUCCACCAAGACGCCCGUGAGGCCCUGGGGAGAGUAAAGGAGAAGAAAGAAGCUCUGGCUGGAGCCGAGCUGGGCAGAGACCUCAACACAGUCCAGCACCUCCACCGCCAACACACUGCCUACGAGCAUGACGUACAUGCACUUAGUGGACAGGUGACGCAAGUGCAGGACGAUGCAGCUCGUCUACAGAAAGCAUAUGCUGGAGAGAAAGCUGAGGACAUCCACCGGCAUGAGCGUGCCGUUACCGAGGCCUGGGAGGGCCUGCUGGCUGCCACUCAGUCUAGGAGGCUGCUCCUUUUGGACACUGUGGAAAAGUUCCGCUUCUUCAACAUGGUCCGUGAUUUGAUGCUGUGGAUGGACGGAAUUAAUUUACAGAUACAGUCCCACGACAGCCCAAGAGAUGUGUCGUCAGCUGGGCUGGUCAUUGCGAACCAUCAGGACAUUAAAGCUGAGAUUGAAACCAGAGCUGGCAGCUUCACCGCCUGCACUGACAUGGGAAACUCCCUUCUCAAUAACAACCACUACGCUUCAGAUGAGAUUCGGGAGAAACUGGAACAGCUUAAAGCAAAGAGAGAUGAAAUUAAACAGAAAUGGCAGGACAAAAUGGAUCACCUACAGAUCGUUCUGGAGGUGCUUCAGUUUGGCAGGGAUGCAUCAGUAGCAGAGUCGUGGUUGGCUGGUCAGGAGCCUCUGGUGCGGGCAGCAGAACUGGGCUCGAAUGUGGACGAGGUGGAGAGUCUGAUCAAACGACACGAAGCGUUUGAGAAACUUGCCGCGGGCUGGGAGGACCGAUUUGUACUACUGGAGAAACUAACUACGCUGGAAGAGCACGAGAUUCAGAGACUAAAGGAAGAGGAAGAGAGAGCGCGGAGACCACCAACACCUCCCCCUGCAGAGGAGGUGGUACAGUCUGAGGCUGAACAUGAGUCAGCAGCCAGGACUAGUUUGGACCAGACCACACUGAACCAGUCAGUGUCUGUUAAUGGUGUGCACAGUGACCAGGACACAUCACAGUCUUUAUCCGUCUCAGUAUCUGAACUGCCGAAUCCGGAACCUAAACCACUUUCUAAACCGGUUUCUAAGCCUGUGCCAAAACCCUACAAGGCACAGCAGCGUUACCGACCUGAAAAGGGGUCAGAGUCGGAGUCCGUGAACGGGCCGGGCCGGGACAGUGGACUGGACACAGCAUCACGGCACGACCCUUCAGCUACACUGCCGGGCAGAGUGGAUCCCUCCACAGAAGCCAUGGAGGGCAUGCUAUGCAGAAAGCAUGAGAUGGAGAGCCACGCAAAGAAAGCAGCAAACAGGUCAUGGCAGAAUGUGUACUGUGUGUUGAGGAAGGGAAGUCUGGGUUUCUAUAAGGACAAUAAGAGCGCCUCCAAUGGAAUCCCCUACCAUGGAGAAGUUCCCAUCAGCCUCAACGAGGCCACCUGCGAGGUCGCCCAUGACUACAAGAAGAGGAAGAAUGUCUUCAAACUGAGGCUGGGAGAUGGAAAAGAGUUCCUGUUCCAGGCCAAGGAUGAGGCUGAGAUGAGUUCAUGGAUUCGGUCCAUCCACUCCUCCAUGCCCUCGAGUGGCCCCGGCGACCGUUCGCCGGGUGGUCAGCGGGGUCUGAGCCGGGCGAUGACCAUGCCACCGAUCUCGCCCAGCUCGGGAGAGGCCGGGGGAGUCACCAUGCGCAACAAAGAGGGCAAAGAGAAAGAUCGCGAGAAGCGCUUCAGCUUCUUCGGCAAGAAGAAAUAAAACAGGAGCACACGGUACAGAAAAGGGAGGAGCGAAGCAUCGGUCAGCCAACACUUAAAACACGAACUGAAACUGUCCGAGAAAAACGGGAGGAGGACAGCGGCCUCUACUGUCACAUAGCUCGACAUUUUUACUUCCACUCUCCUUUUCUUCAAUUCAUUUUCAUCAUCUCUCUCUCUCUCUGUGUCUCACUCAGUGCCAUACAGGAGAAACUACUGCUCUGUAUUCACCUCCUAGCUCUGUUAACGACUCCAGCCAAUAGGAGGUGGCUUUGUUAUUGUGUCAGUGACCAGUGAGACCCCUGCUGAUUGGACUUGUUUUAUUUUUUUUCUCUCCAAAAGGGAAACAAGUGGCAUAGAAAUCGUUCCAUUAGCGGAUGCAGCAUAUUCUAACUCAUCCACUCCUAUUGUUUUAAUCCCACUCGUAUUCCCACUCCAAUUCUGAGUUCUGACCUUGGGGCUGUAAUGCAGUGAUUCCAAAGUUUAUCAGUUUUAUUUCUUCAUUAUUGAUCACUUUUUUCUUAUCACUCUCUGUUUAUUUGAGUUUCUCUCUGAAGGACCAGAAUCACAUUUUUUUUUUUUUUUUUUUUUUUUGGCAUUGAUGUUCUUGUUACCAGUAAUAUAUCUGUUGUUAUUAUUAUUUAUCUAUUUGCGGUUUUUGAGGAUGAGAAAGUAAUAUUUAAUGAAAAUAUAAGUAUAGCUAGCUGUUGAGUCCUGUUUUAGAUAGAGGUUUAAAUAAAUAAAAAAACACACAACAAUGAAGCGUUUCACACUCUUCUAGGACCCAAGUAUGAGGAGUUCCAGGACCAGUCUAGAAUUUGCUUCAGAAAUCAGCUGAUAGUUGAUGAGAUUUCUUUUGUAGAAUUGACAGCACAUGAGGUAUUUUUUUUUCUUUUGCUUUUGGGUUUGACAGAUUCACUUAAUACUUAAAAAAAAGAGUUUUAACUUUUAGAUUUUUUUUGUUUUUUUGAAAGUGUGCAGGGAAUAACAAAGGUACUUAGUCUGCAAAUUCAACUUCUAUUUAUGGUGGGUUUAUUUCUCUUGUUUUCCAUUUAACACCUGUUUUAUGCAUUUCCAAAAAAGGGUUUUAAAGUUCUGAAUGUUGAGGUUCUUCUAUUCUUUCUUGUUUCUUUACUUCUUCUUUAUUCUUGCACCGGAGAUGACGACGCAGUUUGUGCUUUAGUUAGGAGUUGAUGAGUUUUGUUGUGGAUUAGACUUUGGCUUUAUUUCAAUUUAAAGGCAGAACUUGAGUGCUAUUUCUGACCAAACAAACAUACUCACACACCUUUACACACAGAUAUAGUUAACAUGCAACAAAGUUGUUUUUUCUUUCUUUUUUUCUCUCUCUUUUUUGGAUUUAUAUCGGUUUGAUUUGGGAUAUGUAGUUCACUAUAGAGACCUUGCUUUGCACGUUUCCUCCUGGUUAAUCCUCACCAGUUACACAAACACACGUACACUCACAAACAAGCAUACGUACAUACACACAGUUUUCUGUCACUUACCCACCCCCUGCCCCCUCUUGACACACACACACCAAACCUGCUUCAGAAGCACUGAGCCCUGUUAUGCUGUCUUUGCCAGAAUGUGUAUUUUGGAGGUGUGUGUGUGUAUGUGUGAAUAUAUCUGUGUGUUUGUGUGUGCAAAUGUGAAACAAGAAACACUGGAUGAGAAACUAAACUACUGCUAUUUUUUUCUAAUGUGGACCAAAUCUGCAGAUCGGCUUCAUGACAACACUCAGUACACACUUCUUAUUAAUAAAUCUCCUGAAAUGAGGAUCCUCUUUAGUUGGUACACUAUUGGAGUUCCACCAUGUAAAGCUAUUCAGGAAGGUUGGGGUCAGGACGUGAUGCAUCCUGAUAAGAUUUUUGAAGCUAUUUUUGCAUUUGUACACA